GCCCUGAUCUCCGUGGAUGAAAGCCAAGCAGACCCACGUCGAUUAGUGUCGAUUAAAAGGGGGGUCGUUGACGUUGUACGCGUUUCAGCAAGAAAGCAAAAUGCAGACGGUCCCUAAUAUCGUGACAGUUGAACAGGAAGUAGAAACACGGCUUUGGAGUUAAAUGGCUGAACUUAAAGCUAACAUUUGAUGAGUGGCGACAAACAGCUUUCGGGCACACAAUUGCGAGUGACCGCCAGGCGUGACAGAGGUGCACACCGCAGCUCGCUGAAAGACGACACCGGGCCAACAGGCAAAGAGGACGGCCACGUCUGUUGCUACCAUGGCGGCGUCGCUGCUCUCCGAGACCGACAUCAGGCACCGGUCCAUGGCGGAGGAGGAUCCGAACGGAAAUGAGCACGGGGCGGCUGCACGAAGCGCGGCACCCCGCUGGGGACCGCAGCAUGCCGGAGCCCGGCAGCUGGCUCGGCUCUACUCUCCCGGUAAGCGUCUCCAGGAGUGGGUGUGUGUGAUUCUGUGCCUCUUCCUCGUCCUGGUCGACUUCACCUUGCUGCUCCUGCACUUCUCCACCGUGCACGUCUACAAGAUCGUCCUCGGCAUCGUGCUGGGAAUCUUGACGGCAGACUUUGCAUCAGGGAUGGUACACUGGGGGGCGGAUACCUGGGGAUCUGUAGACAUCCCUGUUAUUGGCAAGGCGUUUAUCCGUCCAUUCAGGGAGCACCACAUUGACCCAACUGCCAUCACCCGCCACGACUUCAUUGAAACCAAUGGAGACAACUGUAUGAUCCCCAUCUUACCGCUGGCACACAUGGCCUACAAGUUCCUCACUUACACACCAGAGGCCUUGGCGGCGUCUUAUCCUUGGGACUGCUACGUCCUCGCCCUGGCGGUUUUUGUCAUGCUGACCAACCAGAUUCACAAGUGGAGCCACUCCUACUUCGGGCUCCCGCGCUGGGUCAUGCUGCUGCAGGACUGGCAUGUGGUGUUGCCGCGGAAACACCACCGCAUCCACCAUGUCUCACCGCACGAGACGUACUACUGUAUCACGACAGGCUGGUGCAACUAUCCACUGGACCAGCUGGGCUUUUGGCGACACACCGAGCGUCUGAUUGAGAGACUGACGGGUCAAAAGCCUCGCUCCGAUGACAUGGCCUGGGCCAAGAAGACCGACUGAGCGACGGACGGACAGACGGGCUUGCAGAUGUAAACAUAGCAGACAUGGAGAUGACGUAUGGGAGGAAAGCACAAACACACACACUGUACAUUCUACACGUUUCAGUGCUUCUUUCAUUUGCUGUUUCUAUGUGUGCAGACGUCUGUCUGACAAAGAUUUGUGCAAAAAAAAAACCACAAAAAAAAGUGAUGUAAACACCAACAUAGCUUCCACUGGUAGCAGUCAGUCAGCAUGCGUAUUGGACGCUCGGUUUAACCAAUCAGGUGUGGUAUUGCCAUCACGUCUUGGUUUAGGCGGCUUCUGGAGGUUGGGCUCUCCAGGAGUGAUACCAUGCUGCCUCACACACACACACACACACACACACACACACACACACACGAUCAUAUUGUUCAUGUGAAGGUCCCCUGCUUUGUACUUUAGCUGCUUCCUCAUAUAGUGGCCAGGGGGGGUUAAUUUACUCAACUGCAGAAAGGUCCAAGCAUCUAUUAGGGGCACGGCAAUAUUACUGUAGUAUGAGGCCUUUAUUUAGACAAACACGUUUUUGUACUCGUGUAAAUAGUAUAACUCGCGGUUGAGGAACAGGCGUCGUUUCCACGUCUAGAAGGCUGCUGGAACCACAUAACAUCCGAGUCGCAGCUAGUAAGAGUCCACACUUCGUCUAAGUGGAUGCUGCUGUUUUGGUUAGCAGUGGGCUCGGCAGUUAACUCUUUAACAUCCUGAUGGAUGUGCUUGUGUGUUUAAAAGUGACAUGACGACAACGCUCCGUGCGAUUAACUCGACUGCAGGGCCGGUGUUGGAGCAUCAGGGGGUACGGGGGUGCGUCUGCUUUUCUUUCGUUAAUGAAUUCCAAGGUCCGACAUAAACCCGAUGCUUUUUCUCCAUAGAAAGUCAUGCAUAUGCAACUGACACCAAGAAAUAUGUUUUAUAAACACGGCUUAGAGCAGGGGUCGGGAACCUUUUUGGCUACGAGAGCCAUGAAGGCCAGAUAUUUUAAAAUGUGUAUCUGUGAGAGCCAUAUACAUUUUUUUAAACAUUGAAUGCAAUAAAAUGUGUGCAUUUUUAUGUAAGACCAACAGUUUUAGAUAUAAUGGGCUCUAAUUACGUAGACCAGGCACACUACCCCACGCCAAGGGGGUGUGGCCAGCACACUUUCGUGAGCAGCGCAGUGUCCAAUAAUAAAUCUAAUACUUGUUGCCAUUAAUACAACUUCUGCUGCUGCAUGGUUUUGCACCAUACUCCGUACAUGUAUUUCAUUCUUUUGGCCAUCUUCGUCAGAAGGCUUGGUUCUGCAGCUUUAGCUAGGUGACUAUUUGACUAAAGGAGGAAAGUUUAUAUUUACAUGUUGACAUCUCAAUGACCGAGGUAGACUACCGCAUUACCCAGUAAUAAUCGAGUUUUGGUGUUUGACCUGGAAAAUAUCAUCAAGAAAGAUGGAUAUGGUUGGCCGUAUUGCAGUAGAAAAUAGAUGGACGGAUUAAAAUGCAUAAGAAAAUUGUUGAUUAUUUUUAACAGUCAUUUCUGUGAUGUUUACUUUAAAAUGUUAGCAAAAAUACAUUUUUAUUGUGGUAAGAAACGCUUGAGAGCCAGAUACAGUCAUCAAAAGAGCCCUACCUGGCUCCCGAGCCAUAGGUUCCCUACUUCUGGCUUAGAGGUUUACACGUGGAGAACAUUCAAAAUAAGGAUAAACGGCACAUGAAACAGACGAUUUUUGCUUCAAUUAAACACUAAAAUAGUCUCAAAACCACAAAACACAUUUUUAUUGUCUUACGUUCUAAUUUUUACAUGCAUAAAACAAUUAUAAAUGUAUAGAAAUGAUGAAUUUAAAGGGAUAAAUGGACAUUUAAGGUUACUAUUACCCUCUUUUGAAGAUGUGAUUGUUGACAAAGACACCAUGUUGCAGCGAGAUCAACACCUUGGAAGUGAAUUGACCAAUGCUUCUCACCUUCUUUAUCAAAUGGCCGACACUUGCAACUUGCUUUGGCUCCAUCUCAGCCCUGAUCUUGAGGUGCGAAACGCUACUUAUCCCUUUACAUGCAUCAUUUUUAUGUAUUUGUACGCAUUUAGAAGCAGUUUUCUGCAUGUAAAACUAACAUGAGGGUAAAGUCGGACCUUGUGGAAUGGACUAAUGACGCUUAUCAAGGCUCCACUUGCUUCCACCACGCCGUAUUACAUACCACAUACCACCCAUUCCCCAGCCAUAAAGUACAUGUACGUCAUGUAUUUGUAGUAUUUUAUUCCUGAUCACGCAAUACUGUAUAUACUACUUUUGUAAUCACACUCUCGUUCCCAUGGCGUGUAAAUACACAACAAUUGUAAAUGGAUUUGGGAUGACAGUACAUCUCAUUGGCUGUUACGCUACUGGAGAGUCGCCAUGCUUAGCUCUACAUGAUGGAAUCCUUUCAUCAACCAUAACAACGCUCUGUAAACGCACACAGUUUUCACUCCCGAUAUACAUGACACACUAACGACUGAGAGGAAACAUACGUGCAGGUAUUGUUUGGCUGUUUUCUCGGGCUUUAAUGUUCUAUUUUCUUAUUAAUGACUCCAGCCUCGUCCUGUUGAAUUCUGACUUUCCAUUUUGCAGCAAAAUGAGCGCUGCUUGUCUGCCUUAAUGUUUUUAUCUGCUAUUUAAUUUGAAUAAAUAGAAAACAAUUCCAGCUUGAUGUCAAGUGUACUGCGUGCUCUUUGACAGUAGAUGUGAAGAUGUGAAGCUUGCCAUUGUUCUAACUAAGUCUGUGGUUCAGAUCCGAGCUGAGCUGCAGUUAUACAGUAAGGCUCUUACGCCCUCUAGUGUCAAGUUGAUGUUACUAGGCCAGGAGGUGCUGUCUACAGAGGAACUUUCAGCCAUCCAUCCAUCCGUUUUCUUAUACUCACUAGGGUCACAGGUAUGCUGGAGCCUAUCCCAGGCAGGGUACACCCUGGACUGGUCGUCCAGCGAGGGCCAUAAACUGAAAACUGAAAGGAUCCAAACCUUUAAACUAAACCAACCCUCCAACCUAAUCUCCCCCAACCAAGACCAAAUCCAUUUUACCCCAACUCUAACCCGUCCUAAAGGCAACCAUGAUCCGAACCCUCCCUAAUGCCAAACUCCUAAUCCUCCCUAACCCAAACUGGUACCCUAAAUCAAAUUAGAACCCAACCCGCACUACUAGCCCUAGUCUAUCCUACCUGUAACCCUUAGUCCACCAUAACCGUAACCAUCCCCAACAUCUAAUCAACCCAACCCACUUUGACCAGGGUUUUGCAGCACUGUUAAUUAGCUAUAUUAGCUAUUGUUGAGGUAUAAGGUAUACCGGUACCUUGCGUUGACAUUACAUCGAGAAAAAUGAAAACUCACAGUGGGCUCUGUCACUGCACGUGACCCCGCAUGGGGUUUCACAGCAGAUCUGACAGUUUUCACGACUGUUAAUUGAUCUACUUCUAAAGAAGCUGGAGUCGGCUUCGUCACUAGCAUGGCGACAGUGUCCGUCACACCUGAGUGUGAUCCUGUGCACGCCGACUGAUCUCACAUCUUCAUAUAGCUCACAGUGAGAGCUCCUUUGUCAUUCCCACAUUACCACAAGUGUUUUUUCACUGUCGCAUAGCGUGAACAAGACACACACUCACGCUUUGCCGACAUGUUGGAUCUCAGUAGAUGCCCGACAUGCUCCAAUGAUCAUCUUCUGAGAGACAAACUUAGACAUCAAGCGAUGAGUGUUGCCUGCAUGGUUGUGGUAGGCCACCUUGCAGUUGUAUAAUUGAACUAUAGGAGUCCCGGGCUUGACCCCUGGGGAACCCCAUUUGGUCUGAAACGCACCAAUUCAAAGUAUUACCUGUCGUCCAAAUCAUUGAACCAGUUUAGACCAGUAUCACACGUUACGAGGGGGCUUAUUUUAUAAAAAGCCUAGCUAGCCUUUGCUAGCUAUCCAUGUUGUUGCGUCCUUUAGCAUUGUCCUGCAUAAAAAGCAUCGCCUUCUUGUAAGAUGUCAACUUUUUCUUGUACCACUGUGUGAAGAAAGCGUCCCUAGAAACCGGCAGUAGUGUUUGGGAUUGAGUCCAUCUCCAACCCGAAAAUAGCCCAACAAGCUAAUCUUUAAUAAUUCCAGCCCAUACCGGAACCCCACCUCCAUCUUGGUGGCACCUUUAAGUAGAAGUGGUGCUCUCCAUGUGAUUAAUCAACAAUCACGUAAUGAAUCAAUUCCUGGUGAUGUCCAUCCACCUGUUGCUAUCUAACGCUGCUCAUUAUUACAAAUGACGUUCCGCAGCCCAUAGCUGUCUGGAACAGGAUGUCGGAAUGGAAGAACUCCAUGUGUACACACAACUCACAUGGAAUGGCGGCUUUAACAAUGAACUUGUCACCUUGUUAAUGCGUUGUUUCUCUGUGCUGGAGAAUCCUACCGUGAAGCUCGUUAACGUUCAGGUGUGUUCUCACCUUCAGUGUCUGUUGCAAUUUUUUUUUGAAGAUUUGUGGUUUAAAGCUUGCAUAAUUGAGGUGUGUGUGUGUGUGUGUGUGUGUGACACAUCUAGAGGUGCUUCUGUUGGUGAGAAAUCCAAUUAUGAGACCUUACAGGGAAACUACGUGAGGCAAUAUAGAUCUAAACUCUGCACCAGUCUAAAUGAGGGGAACUUUUGUAGGAAGACCUAUUCAAGGUAUUUUGAAUGGAUUUGUACUUUUUUUUAAAAUACUCUGAUACAUUUAGUAAAGAUGCUAAAACCAAUGUAGGUCGUUAUACUCCUGAUGAAAAUGUAUGUAAAGCGUUCCAGUGUAUAGCGUUAUACACGUGUGUUGGGUCACGCCCUGAAAAUACUUCAAAAGGCAUUCAAGAAGUUUUAAAACGUGUGUGUGUGUGUGUGUGUUGUUAUAAAGUAUGAUGUAGGCAGGUAUCUCAUAAAGCGUUGUGGCCCAUCAUAAGGAGCCUGCAGCAAUCUGGCACUAAGAACAAAGGUUUUCCAAACCUGUGACCAAAGUGUGGAUUUGGAGAAAAAUACUGUUCCAUGUUUGGGUAUGUACAUAAAUAACCGGAAUUCUACGUUUCCAAACGUCACUGUGACAAAGUACGCUGUGAUAUCACACACGUGACCUGUGUUUACAUCAGAAACAACAUGGAUUAGUGGUGGGCAAAACAGUUCAUUUCAGUGAACCGGAUCAUUCCGCUUCAUUCAGAAAAAGAUCCGUUCAUUUCGUUUCAAUUGGUGUUUCGACUGUGAUUUCCCCCUCCGUAGACCCGGUCAGCCGUGUCGAGUCAGUCCCUUCACUCAUCUUCACGUUCGUUCCGACUCAACUCUCGGUCAUGAGUCUCGGUCUCUGUCUUUCAGUCAGCUAACCCCGCCCACCCACAGAACGUGGCGCGACGAUAGGAUAAGACAGGCAAGCAAGAAGAUAGUCCCGCCCUCUUCAGCCAAUCAAAAAAAAAAAAAAACAUUUGCAACUGAACGGACUAAACGGGUAUUUUAGAAGCGGUGGCCUCGUUCAUUCCGUUCACAAAAAAGAACUAGUUCUUUUGACCCGUUCGUUCAUGACCGACACACCACUAACAUGGAUGGAUGCCCUGGGAGCUUGUAUCGGUUGUAGCUUCGUUCCUCAUUAACUGCUGUAAUUUCGCUUACCUUAUUGUAAAGAGUCGUCUGCCAACGUCAACAUGGUGACUCUUAAUAUGUCAAAAUAUGCUGUACCUCUUGACGAGAAACAGAGUUUCUUCGGAAUGUGAUCUAAAAACGAAGCCCAAUGAGAUGAUAGCUUCGUUUAUUUCCCCGCCAGCAGUGACACGAAAUGGCCGCUAGAUGGCAGCAUUGUAUCUUCAACUGCAGCGGAGAAUCACGGGAGGAGGAGGACAGUGUGCCACUUGAGAAUAAACAAAGGACAUCAAAUAGUGUUGAUAGUUCUAGUGUUCCGGUGCCAUCCAUCAUGUAUCAGUUCUAAGUGUACCGAACUUCUUGAUGUAUCUCCUCCCCAUCAAGCAGCCCCGGUUGCAUAGGAGCUCAAACAUGAGGCACUCGAACAUACUCAUGCAGAAGGUGUGAAUUUGGGCCUAAUAAGUGCAGGAACAAAAGGAAGAAGGUGAAGGAGAAGGAGGGAGAUGGAGAAAGAGAGAGAGAAGUUGUCAGUGGGUUGAAAAGACGUGGGCGCUUAUUUUAUUUCCUCUGUGAAUACACAACAACAGCGCUGUCUGUCUGAGGUGCUUACACAGCAGAACUUCAACGACACACACACACAAACACACAAAAACACGCACAAACACGCUCGGUUGCAUCCACUCUUGUGUUUUGUAUGAAAGAAAAUCCAACACGGUGAUGCAGUUUGACUGUCACGUCGUCAUGUUCUGUCUCGGUGGGCCGUGUGAAGCUUGGAAGUCUUGGUGGAUCUCCAUAGAAUCUUCUCCUGUGGUGGUUCACUCAUACCUGUGUGUGUGUGUGUGUGUGUGUGUGUCCCUGGAGCCUUGCAGGUUUAAUUUGACCAGUCAGCCGGUCAAAGCCAGGGCCUCAGCAAAUAUAUAUGUGUGUGUGUGUGUGUGUGUGUGUGUGUGUAGGUCGAGCUUAGUGUUGAGGUGAGACAGAGAUCAAUGCAAAGGCAAACACAAAGGUUGGGGCAAAACUCAGUGUCCUCUCGACUUCUCUAUCUCCUAUCCACCUUCCCUGAUCCCUCUGUUGCUUCCUUUUCUUUGGUCCUUCGGUCAAAAUAUCCCCGGCCUCCGUGGAAGUGUGUGUGUGUGUGUGAGAGAGAGAGAGUGGGUGAGUGUGUGUAGCGAGAGGAUCAAUUGAGGGAAAUGGUGGAUUGAUCGCCAGCUAAUAACCCCAGUUGAGUCCUGGCCGCAUACUGACUGACUAAUUGAACAACAGCCACCCAUCUUGGUUUUACGCACACACACACACUUUCACGCACACACACACACAGCGUUUCAUGUAGGAAAAAAAAACAAUGUUCAUGUAAAGACUCUAGAUGUUUCUACUUUUUUCAGUUAUUUAAAUCACCAGUAAGACAUGGGUAUGUUUCAAGUAAAUAGCAGCUCCCAACUAAAAAAAGGAAACCUACUUUUGAAUGAAAUUAAUGACUCUAGAUGUUUCUACCUUUUUCAGUUCUUUAAUCAGCAGUAAAACAUAGGUAAGUUUCAAGAAAAUAGCAGUUCCCAACUAAAAAAAGGAAACCUAUUUUUGAAUGAAAUUAAUGACUCUAGAUGUUUCUACCUUUUUCAGUUCUUUAAUCACCAGUAGAACAUAGGUAAGUUUCAAGAAAAUAGCCGUUCCCAACUAAAAAAAAGGAAACCUAUUUUUGAAUGAAGUAAAUGACUCUAGAUGUUUCUACCUUUUUCAGUUCUUUAAUCACCAAUAGAACAUAGGUAAGUUUCAAGAAAAUAGCAGUUCCCAACUAAAAAAAGGAAACCUAUUUUUGAAUGAAAUGAAUGAUUCUAGAUGUUUCUACCUUUUUCAGUUCUUUAAUCACCAGUAGAACGUUGGUAAGUUUCAAGAAAAUAGCGGUUCCCAACUAAAAAAAAAAGGAAAUCUAUUUUUGAAUGAAAUGAAUGACUCUAGAUGUCUCUACCUUUUCCAGUUCUUUAAUCACCAGCAGAACGUGGGUAAGUUUCAAGAAAAUAGCAGUUCCCAACUAAAAAAAACAGAAACCUAUUUUUGAAUAAAAUGAAUGACUCUAGAUGUUUCUACCUUUUUCAGUUCUUUAAUCACCAGUAAAACAUAGGUAAGUUUCAAGAAAAUAGCAGUUCCCAACUAAAAAAAGGAAACCUAUUUUUGAAUGAAAUGAAUGACUCUAGAUGUUUCUACCUUUUUCAGUUCUGUAAUCACCAGUAGAACAUGGGUAAGUUUCAAGAAAAUAGCAGUUCCCAACUAAAAAAAGGAAACCUAUUUUUGAAUGAAAUGAAUGACUCUAGAUGUUUCUACCUUUUUCAGUUCUUUAACCACCAGGAGAACAUAGAUAAGUUUCAAGAAAAUAGCAGUUCCCAACUAAAAAAAAAGGAAACCUAUUUUUGAAUGAAGUAAAUGACUCUAGAUGUUUCUACCUUUUUCAGUUCUUUAAUCACCAGUAGAACAUAGGUAAGUUUCAAGAAAAUAGCCGUUCCCAACUAAAAAAAAAAGGAAACCUAUUUUUGAAUGAAAUGAAUGACUCUAGAUGUUUCUACCUUUUUCAGUUCUUUAAUCACCAAUAGAACAUAGGUAAGUUUCAAGAAAAUAGCCGUUCCCAACUAAAAAAAAAGGAAACCUAUUUUUGAAUGAAGUAAAUGACUCUAGAUGUUUCUACCUUUUUCAGUUCUUUUAUCACCAGUAGAACAUGGGUAAGUUUCAAGAAAAUAGCAGUUCCCAACUAAAAAAAAAUAAUUAUCUUGAUCUUAUCUUUGAUAAAGAAGGUGAGAAACACGGCUGAAUUCAAGAAUGAACUCCUAGCCAAACACGAAGGUGCUGGCGGAGUUGAUCUCGCUGCCACAUUGCAUCUUUGUCAAUCACAUUAAAUGUUCAUUUGCUCAUUCAUCGAUUUAUAUGAAUUUACAAUUGUUUUUUUUUUUUUAGUAAAGAAUUAAUAAAAAUAGAAUUGUAAAACAACAAAAUGAGACAGCACACCAUGUUAAAUGUAAACAGAAUUUUUUGUUGUGGUUGUUUUUUAUGACCACGUGGUUUGAUGUGUAGUUUGUGUGUUUUACGUUUCCAUGUCACGCCUCGUUGCAAGAACCGUUGAUGUCACACACGUCUCCCCGCAUGGAGAACUCCUUAAAAUCCCUGGAGUUUGGUGGUUUGUGUGAAAAGGGCGUGACUAUGGAGCGUGACUGUACAGCAAUGUGUACCAUUAGGAUGGCCUAUGUAUUUCAUUCAAAACACACACUAAACUACACAUCAAACCCACAAACAAAAAGUCGCAUUUUUAAUGUUUUUAAAGUGUGUGAUUGAGGAGAACAGUCCCGUACGUCCACCAGACACUUCAUUGCAGUACACACACACGUCGUUACAAAUAAGAUUAGUAUGGAUCUUUUUACUCCUCUGCAGGUUCAUGUUGGGUUGUGUGUGUGUGUGUGUGUGUGUGUGUGUGUGUUUGUGUGUGUGUGUGUGUGGACGGACGGGGCGGGCAGGCGUGAUUGUAGGUACCAAGCAGUGAUUUCUCCACAACCCCUUGCUGAUAUGAACACUGUCUGCUAUAUGGUGUGUGUGUGUUAACCUGCGCCUAGCGGUUUUUGUGCCGACACACACACACACACACACACACACACACACACACACACACACACACACACACCUGUAGGGCUCACAUGACUGGUUGUCAAGGCAACUGUCACCAAGCAUGUGAUUGAUAAAACUGUUGCAUGACAGGUGGGAGGGGUCUCCAAGGAUGAAAAUGAUCCAGCACAGACUCAAGGACUUGGACUUUGAUGUCAAUGAAAAAAAUGAAGAAAAGCUUUUUUGUUUACUUUUUAAAAGAGUCAACAGAGUCUGGGGUGAGCAGGACGCAGACCAUGCUCCAGAGAAUGAGUUUUUCGGGAGGUCUCGGAGGCCCCCCCAGCUGUGUCCUGUUCUCUGAGGGGAGGCUGUCUGUGAGGAACAUGGACUUUGGUGUUCAGUUUUACUUGACCCUACACCGUAUAUUCCCACCGCCUUUUGGUGCCCCUUCCCUACCCCACCAAAACCCUUCACCGUCCCAUAUGUUGCAAUGUAUACAUUCACGUAGUGAGGCAAAGCACAUUUACAUAAUCAUAUGAGAAUAUGUGAUGAUACCCGGGGAAGGUACAGUAUCCAUGGCCACUGUUGGAAAGCCCACAUGUUUAAGUCCUGAUGCUGCACUGAUGAUGUUUUGUUGUCAAGCGUUCAGGUUCUCACUUUCUUUUGUGGUCCUUGAACCAUCGGCGGUUCCAGUAAUGGCCCACAUGGGACACACGGGCAAUUCCCCAUUGUCUGGGGUGUGCUGCGAGGGGAGGGGGGGGAGAAAAACAAUCCCAGUCACUGUUGAAAAGACAACCCCCAUUUUAGAGGAUUUUGAUUCUCUGGAUAUGUAAACGUGGAAGAUACCAAAAGAAAUAUUAACCCCCCCAUCUUUCAUUCUUUCAUUCAUUCAUUUUCUACCGCUUAUCCUCACCAGGGUCGCCAAUCCCAGACAUAUAGACAAACAACCAUUCACACUCACAAUUUGGAGUGGCCAAUUAACCUAGCAUGUUUUUAGAAUG